GCUUCUAUGCGCACAUGCAAAUAACUCAUCACAUAUCUGUUCUAUGGCUUGUGCUUUAUGCACUCGUGCGCGUUAAAUAUGGAUCGUAUCGGAACUAUUUUUGCAAAAUGUGGUGAAAAGUGACCACACUUCUAAAAUGUCCUCCAAGUUAUCACCGCUUCACAAAUAGGUGUUCUAGAUAGAUAUAAGAAUUAACUCGAAAUUUUCUAUACGAUUCACUAGCCUUCGCUAUCAAAGCAGUGACGCUGCUACAGUUCCGAAGAUCUCAUCAUUGUGGAACACGAGAGUUCAACGCGUUGCGAAUGGCCGUUUAAAACAUAAUAGUACGACGCAUUCUGUGUUAAACGAGGCUGCUUGUCGAUGAUUCUCUAUCUGAUUUAACCCUUUAUUGAAAUAUGCAUGCGGGGAAUCUUUCUGAGGGAUGCUGUGCAAUCUGUUUUGGGUCGGUGAUCCGUUGCUGUCGAACAUGCCCAGCCUGUGGCGUAUGACGUCGAUCACCCGUUGAACACAUCUCACGCGUUCGUAGCUACUUACAAUAAUUCAGCGGCAGAAGAAGAAGAGAAACGUGCGGUGAUGUACAUUGUGUGCAAUGCCAUGCCAUCGAAGAAGAGUGCAGAUGCACACAAUGCGGUGCGACCGACCAACAAAAUCAAAUUAUCGGCGACUUCUGUUGAUCUCAUCUCCGUCGAGAUCGAGACUCACUCGAGAGCGAUCCUUAUUUACGGGGCUUUUCUUCUGGACUCCCAGAGCGGCCAAGGCGAAGAGGACAUCAGAGCGCGUGCGCUGGCUAGGGAGAGGGGGGGCGGGGCAAUGGUGAGCACGAGCACCCACACGUCGGUGCAGCGGCGGCGGAGGCAAUGGACGCUGGCGCUGGUGACGGUGGCGUCGCUGCUGGAGCGCGCCGACGAGGCCCUGCUGCCGGCCGUGUACAGGGAGGUGGGCGCCGAGCUGGGCGCCUCCCCGGCCGCGCUGGGCUCCCUCACGCUGUGCCGCGCGCUCGUCCAGGCCGUGUGCUACCCGCUCGCGGCGUGCGCCGCGGCGCGCCACGACCGCGCGCGCGUCGUCGCCGCGGGCGCCUUCCUCUGGGCCGUCGCCACCAUACUCGUCGGCGUCUCCGGCACUUUUCUCCAGAUGGCGAUCGCGAGGGGGUUUAACGGCGUCGGCCUGGCGCUGGUGGUGCCGGCGAUGAACUCCCUGGCGGCCGACUACAGCGACGACACGACGCGCGGCUCGGCGUUCGGGUGGCUGGGGAUGGCGAGCCGCCUGGGCGCCAUGAUGGGGGGCACACUCGGCGUGCUGCUCGCGCCCACGACCUUCCUCGGCGUCCCCGGCUGGCGCCUGGCAUUCCACGUACUCGCGCUUCUCAGCGUCGCGCUGGCCGUCUCGACGUGGUUCCUCGCCUCAGACCCCCGUCCGCCCAGCACGUCCGAGAAGAGCACGGCAUCGGUGGCCAGGGAGCUCCUCGGAGAGGCCAAGGACGUGGUGCGCUUGCCGACGUUCCAGAUCCUGGUGGCGCAGGGGGUGGCCGGGUCGGUGCCGUGGACGGCGCUCACCUUCGCCGCCAUGUGGCUGGAGCUCGUGGGGUUCACGCACUGGGAGACCAGCGUCAUCAUCAACCUCAACCAGCUGACCGGGGCGCUCGGCUCGCUGUUCGCCGGGCUCAUCGGGGACCCCAUGGCCCGGCGGUUCCCGAACGCCGGCAGGGUCGCGCUGGCGCAGGUGAGCACGGCGUCGACCGUCCCGGUCGCCGCCGUCCUGCUGCUCGCGCUGCCCAUCGACCCCUCGGCCGGGGCCGCGUACGCCGCCGCCUUCGCCGUCCUGGGCUUCGUCAUGCCCUGGUGUCCCCCGGCCACCAACAACCCAAUACUCGCGGAGAUCGUGCCGGCGAAGGCGAGGACGACGGUGUACGCGCUGGACAGGUUCUUCGAGACGAUCUUCUCGUCGUUCGCGCCGGCCGUCGUGGGCAUCCUGGCGGAGCGGGUCUUCGGAUACAAGCCGGCGUCGGGCGCCACCGGGAAGACUGAACGGGAGAACGCCGGCGCGCUGGCGAAGGCUGUUUUCGCGGAGAUCGCCGUGCCCAUGGCCAUCUGCUGCAGCAUCUACUCCAUGCUCUACUGCACGUACCCAGCAGACAGGCAGCGCGCGCAGAAGGCAGCUCUGAUUGCGCCGGAAGAACAGGACUGUGAAGAUGCUACUUCUAGUACUGCUACUGGGGUGGAUGGCUUAAACCAGGCAUUGCUAGCCAGAAGUGACUAGCAACAUAUCUAAGCAUAGAUGAAAUGACUAGCAACAUAUCUAAGACUAGCCAAAUGGACAAAAAUGUAUAUAUUUUUGUAGGUCCACGCAGGAGGCAAUUUACAGGCUUUACAGCCAUAUAUUCAAGAAUA